AUGGAAGAUUCCUUGUACGAUACUUCCUGGCUUAUUCAUAGCAUUCCGGCUUUAGCUUCCUCAUUCUCUUCGCUCAUGACCUCGCCCGUAAGGAGCCAGCAACAGGAAAAAAAACAUCAGGAGCGACUUACGACACAUGCUGAAUCAUUCCGAGAAUUUUUGAGCAGAGAUCGCCCGCGCUAUGAACACGAGGAAGAGAAAGAGAAGCUAGGCGGGUUGAACAAGUGCACAUGGGCCAGGCUGCAAAGAAAUGUCACCGAAAAUCAACCCCUCGAGAAUCAAAUCGGGAGGAAAAGGAAAAGAGACGCACGAGAUGACAUGCAUCCGCUGAGUGAAGGACUCCUCGUAUCUCUUGUAUAUGAGAAAACAACAUACAAAUUCAUCAUAUACACUACCACUACCAGACCUGGCACUUCCAAGCGCAACCGUCCUGCCAAUUCUCCUCUGCCUCCCCGGACGUCCGCUGGUCAAGUUGCCAUCCUCCUUUCCAAAUCAUCGCCAUUCACCUUAAAAGCGUUCAUCAACUACUUGUCAGACAUCUUCGCUCUCACUGAUAUCCAUCCACUCCAACUUUCCUCCGCAUUCAUCCAGUCCACUCUGCACACCUAUCUGAGAGCAAUCCACACCUCUUCAUCCACCGUGCCCAACGCGAGCGAACGAACCGUUCAUGACGACUUCAAAGAUAUAAUAGGGACCAUCAGGAUCACAAUCACCUUUUCUACACCAGUCGCUCCGAGUCUGAAAUCUCUCGAUGUCGCCGUCGCUCCUCACGUGGUACAAAAGUCGUACAUGCACAUCCUACAAGAGACACCCGGCUCCAAUCAGAGGUUUUUCAUGGGGAUACUGUCCGGAUGGAUUAUGAGUAAGACAGGCUUAAGACUCCCCAUCCUCCACCAAAACGACACUGUCGUCUACGAUCGAGAGGACGGUGACCUGCAUCCUCCCACUUCCAACCCUCCGAUGAAGGUAUCGAGGAUUUCGACGGCCGCAUACGCAAUCUCAGUCGACGGGCGCUUGAAGUUCGUCCUGAGGGCCGCCGACGCUGUAGUUGGACCCGAUUCAGAGGAAGAGACCAACUUUGUUCGGAGAGCAAAUGAGGAUUUACUCAUAGCUAUUCUCGAAGAGGCGCGGCGAAAGGUUAGGGAGAGAGGCUAA